AUGUUACGUGACAACCUUCGUCUUCUCCAGAAAGGCUCAUCCACAGUUGCUGACUUCGGCCGCAAGUUUAAAGCUAUAUGUGACCAACUAGCCGCAAUCGGUCAUCCUGUCGCUGAGACUGACAAGUGCCAUUGGUUUCUUUGCGGUCUCGGCCCCUCCUAUGAGCAUUUUUCUACAACUUAUCGUGCUCUUGGUACUGCCUCCUUCCGUGAAUUAUUAGCCAAGACCGAAAAUCAAGAAAUAUUUAUGCUGUCCCUACACGGCACUCAGCAACUUUCAGUUGCCUUCACGGCUCAGUCACAUCGUUCUGGUAACCAAUCUCGUUCUAACCCUAAUUCCUCUUAUUCUAACCGUGGUCAUGGUCGUGGUCGUAGUGCAGGUCGUGGUCAUGGCAGACGACCACCUCAUUGCCAACUUUGUAGGACUGUUGGACACUAUGCAAAUCUUUGCCCAAAUCUGGCCAGCUUUGCAAAACAGGAUGCUCCUAUUGAUGCGAAUCUCGCAUAA